AUGCACGAGAUUAUCAGCAUAAGUGCGUCGCAUCGCACCAAUCAUGUGCUUACUCAAUUUUAUAACUGCCAGGAGGAACAACUUCGGGAUCUUGAUUUUGAAAAUGAGCCUGGCGUGUUUUUGAAUCCCGUCGUGGAUCGCAUCUCCAAAACAGUGUCCUAUAAGCCUCGGGCGCUGUUAUGGGAUGCAAAGACCGGAAAUGGGGCACUGGGAGCUCAUCAAUACUCGAGCACCAAAGACUUCUUCUACGGUUCCGAAAAUCAAAGGCCUAAAGAGCUUUUGUCGCAGACCAGCGUCAAGGUUAUUCAGACCCACGAGCCGACCCCAAAAUCUGAGUACCAAACCGCACUCGACACGAAUAAUCCGGCUCCACCACUAAGUGAUCAGAAUUCCAAAUACUGGUCUGAUUACAGCAAGCUGAUCUUUGGCGCCCCUAACCUCAACACCUUGGAUCGCUGGUACCACGACCCGAAUAACCCUUCGGCUCCAGACUUCGAAAACCUCCACCAGACUUACUUUGAUAGCUACGAGGUUGGUUUUCAGGAGUUUGCGACAAACUACUGCUCGGAAUUUUUUGACGAGAAGCUGCGCACGCAGCUCGAAAUGUGCGAUGAGCUGCAAGGUAUUAAUUUGCUUUCCGAGAUAGAUAACGGAUGGGGUGGUUUCUCUUCUAGUAUGCUAUCAAAUAUUCGCGACGAACUCCCAAAAACUGACGUUAUGACUUGGGGGUUUAAUCAAGACGACGCACUUUCUCUGGGUCAGCCGAUUCAUUCAACGAAAACGAAAUUUCAGAAGCUUUGCAGCAAAAUACGAUCAACCCUGAGUCUAGUACAAGAAUCAAACCUUUUCUUCCCAAUAUACUCAGAUCCCCAGCUUCCACUUUGGACGUUUGCAGGACGCACUUGUAUGCUAUUCGACGCUGUCAACGCAUGCGGCAGCAACCGCGAAUCUGAACACCGUUAUACCUUUAACCAGAUGAUUGGGAAAAUUACCUCUGGCGAGCCGCAAAGGAACAUUGUGUCGACUCUUGACAUACAAGGCUUGGAUCUUUCAUUUUACUCCCGCAUUCCAACUUAUAAGGGAAGUAGUCAAAAAACGUACUCGCACCUUUCAAUUUUAAGGGGCAAAGAAAAUCAAGUCGCAGAUAGUUUUUCCAUCAAUACAUAUCCAUGGAGGCCCUCUGAUACGAUUCCCGAACAGUUUAGGAGCAUUACAAAUUAUAAAACGAACCUCGCCGUCACUGAAAGACCCCGUGACGUCUUCAGGCAUUGGGAAGCCAUGGUUUCGCGCUACUUUAGAUACGACACCGAUAGAGAAGAGCUGAAGGAAGAACUAGGAAGGCUUGCAGAAACAUAUGAAGAAGGCUGGUACGAUGACUUCGACUCUGGGGAUGAUGUCUGA